CAAAUGGACAGUAAGCAAGUUAAUUUCCUCUUUACUAACUCAGGAAGAGCAUUAUUAUAGAAAACAUAACAAUUGACAGAAGAAAUCUCGCAAAUGUAUUCAAAAUGAAGAAGUCUCAGAACAAGAGAGAAAUAUUUACCCCCAAAAUAGCUUAUUCCAACCAUCAAACUCUAAUAGAAAAAUACAAAAAUCAAACCAAAUUAAGCCAGGGUUUAACAGUUACCUGAAAGAAUUCUUUCCAAAAAAGAAAAUAAGCAAGCCAAAGAGUGAGAGAAAGCGAAGUUUACUCCAAAGUCAAAGGAGAGGAUCUCAAGAUUUCUGACAAACAAUGACUCCGGUACAGCCUAAAAUAGUAGAAACUCCGAAUCUCCCUCUUGUGCAUCAACCCAGAAAUUUACCACCUGGUUCUCAAAAUUAUGAUCCAAAGACCUUUUGAAACUCUGAUAAAUUUUUCAUAGCUAAGAAAUAAGGUUGGGAAUUUUAUUAAAACCUUUAAUGCGCCUGUAAAAAUUAACCACAAUAAAAAGUCUAAAAGAGUUACUGAAGAACUAAAGGUCAGAACAUUAGUCUGUGACCCAGAAACACACAAACUGACACAGUUUCAUUCAAAUUGUACUGCAUCUCUUCAUACCCCAAACAAGCUUAAAACAACCCCAUUCACUAAUAUCAAGCCUGUAAGGUCAAUGCCGAAGCCAGGCCUAUACUUGAAAAAGAGAGGAGGAAAGACUGUGAGCUCCAAAGCCUCGUAUAACGCCACUCCCAAACCUUCGAGUCCUAAAAUGAAACCCACUAAUAUGGACAAAUUUUAACAAAGUUAUGAGCUUCAAGCUUUCAAACAAACUAGAUGACAUGAUGGACAAAGUAACUCGUCUCAAGAGAACAUUGAAAGGGGCCCAGCGAGGCCGUAAUAACUCAACUAACUGAAGAGAAAGGAAAACUGGUAUUCUUAUCAAAGAUGAUUUUAUCAAGCAAAUGAGGUCUCCUAAUGUCAGAGUAACGUUUAAUCUUCCUGAUGAGGAUUAGAAUAUGUAGUAUUGUUGCCCUCUUUGAAUACAAUAUUUUCAACCUUGUUAUUAUA